GAAGUUUCCAAAGAAACGAGCAACGCUGAUAUAAAAUGCAACAAUCAGCUUCCUCCUUUUCUUUUUCCCUUUUUAUUGAAACUUUUUCCAUCCCCCCCUCUAAACGUCCGCUUCAUCCUCUUCCUCACUACUGUCCUUUUUUGUUUAUCCAGUUUUUUUCCAUCAUGAAAAUCAUUCCUAUUGGCGUUUUAGAAGAUAAUUACUCGUAUAUCUUGAUCGACGAGAAAAGCAAAGAAGCCGCCGUCAUCGAUCCUGUCGAACCUAUAAAGAUUCUCAAUGUCAUUAGUCAGACCGGUGCCAAAUUAUCGAGUGUAUUUAUUACACAUCAUCAUUGGGAUCACGCUGGAGGCAAUAUUGAACUCGUAGCGAAAAAGCCGGGUUUGGCCGUGUACGGUGCGGAUGCGCGCAUUCCCGAGAUCAAUUAUGUGUGCAAAGAUCAUGAGGAAUUCAAACUAGGAUCACUAGAAAUCACGCCAUUGCAUACUCCUUGUCAUACCAAGGGGCACGUCUGUUAUUAUGUCGUGGAUCCCGCCACCAAUGAAAAGGCAGUAUUCACGGGAGAUACUUUAUUUGUCGCCGGCAUUGGCAAAUUCUUUGAAGGCGAUGCGCGCGAUAUGUACCGUAUCUUAUUCCACAUCAUCACCAAACUUCCCGAUGACACCUGGGUCUACUGCGGUCAUGAAUAUACCAAAGACAACUUGAAGUUUGCCAUGACGCUUGAACCUCACAACGAAAAUUUGAUGGCCAAAUGGGCGUGGUGUCAAGACAAGACCAUCACGGUGCCUUCGACAAUCGGUCAGGAAAAACUGUAUAAUCCGUUUUUGCGGGUCAAUGAACAGUCGCUACAAAUGAUUGCCGGCAAAAGUGAUCCUGUUGAAGUGCUGCAUACAUUGAGAGAAAUGAAAAACUCUUUUCGAUAAUCUCGGUAAAGAAAAAAAAAAAAAAACCGGAAUGGAUUGAACGGCUGGCCCUCACAUUGAUAUUGGAGAUGACUCUCUCUUUUUUACCUUUUUUUUUUCCGGCAAAGACGAUCUCCGUCUUUGAUAUUCCACUAUAUUUCUAUUGUCCAUUAUUUCCGUCUUUUUUUUUCCUUAUCUUUUUUUUUUUCGGUUGCAUG